UGCUGAGCGGACCAAAUUUUCGGUUUUUCGGGACCUAUCGGUGUUAGUUUCGCUGCUGCUGUUAUGCUGCACAAACGGAGUGAUAAAACCAUCAUCGGGACGAAUUUCCAUUCUCAGAUGGUUGGCGGUAGUUUUCGGGAUGGCAGCAUUUCACCUGGUUUGCUGGAACGGAGACCAUCGAUGACGAACCUGCGAUCACUUCGCAACCCGUGUGACUGGAAUCGACGGUGGCCUAUACGACGGUUUUGAUGUUGCCCAGAAUUGAACAGCAGGAGCUGUCCAGAUUCGAUUUGAUGCUGGAGGGUCGUCGUGAACGCAGCUCUAGUGUCCAGUGUGCGCUGAACCUCGGUCAGCUUCUGGUGUACCAUGGAACGGACCAAAUCGCCUCGUUGACCAUAACCCGCUCGGUGGUAUGUAGUGUGGCUCACAGGAUGUACGUGGUUCUGCUGGAUUGGCUGAUUGACUCGUGUGACCUGAACCGCGGAAUGCAACCGAUUUGCCGAAACGAACCCUUGCGGUGCCUUGCCGGUGGAGUUAUUCGAUCCAACGUUCGAUCGAUGGAAUGACCUGAAUGCGGGGGAAAGUGCUGAUUAUUUGGAAACAGUCUUUAGAAAUCAUGACUUCCCUGGAU